UUGGGUGGGGCAGUCUUGCCUUGGCGAGCCUCCAGCCUCCUGCAGCUCCUCCAGCCCUCCGCGGACUCCGUGGGGUCGCAUCUCCCCCGUCCUGGCCCUGCCCUCUCUCUCUGCUGGGUGCGACAAGGGUGGGGGCUUCCUGCACUGGAGCUUCUUAUCUCUGUGUCCUAGAACAGGAGUCUGGAACUUCACACCCAUUUACAAAGGCCUAGACUUUGCUGACGUGAAGCAGAAUAUAGAUGAAGUAAAGUGGUCAUGGCGGCCAGACUCCUACCAGAGAACCUCUUGGAAGAACUGACCUGCACUAUUUGUAUGGAGCACUUGAAGGAUCCAGUCAGCAUUCCCUGUGGCCACAGUUUCUGCCGAGGCUGUAUCACUGCACUGUGUGACUACUCUGAAGCUCAAGUCCAGGACUCUCUGCCCUGUCCAAUUUGCAAGAAACCUUUUCAGAAGGAAAACAUCACUCCCAAUUGGAAGCUGGCACAAUUAGUCACCAGCCUCCUCAGCCUAGAACUUGAUGAUAAGCAGUCAGAAGAUUCCAAACAACCAAUGGGUUAUCAACUUUGUGAGCAGCAUGGGGAAAAGACCUUUUUCUACUGUGAAACAGAUGAGCAGUUCUUGUGCUUUGUGUGCAAGGAGCUCCGAGAGCACAGUACUCAUGUUGUCUUGCCAGUAGAGGAUGCUGCCCAGCCCUACAAAGAUGAAAUUCAGAGAGAGCUGGAAAGUCUGAAGGAAUCCAAAGAAAAAAUUAUGCAUUUGAAGGAAAACAAUAUGAUCCAGGCACUGCUGAACCAAAUCCAAGACAAAAAACUGAGAAUUAUGUCUGAGUAUCAGCAGUUCCGGGAGUUCCUUGAUGUACAGGAACAACUCCUCUUGGCCCAAAUGGAGGAGCUGGAGAAGGACAUCACCUGUAAGAAAGAGCAACAUGUCACCCAAGUCUCUCAAAAAAUAUCUCAUCUUGAAAAAUUAAUAAACAAAAUGGAGGAGAGAGCUUCUAAGACUCCAAGUGAAAUCCUUAAGAUCGGAAAACAACUGGAAGAAAGGAAUCAGGAAUGUCCGGCAACAUUUCAGAAGAAUUUAAGACACCCCGAAAGAGUUGGUGCAAGUCUAAGGUGGAAGCAAGAGUUGUUGCUUUUGACUGUGUUCACCGCAUCCGAAGACCUAGAAGAAAGAGUGUGUGCAUUCACUGGAAAGAUAGAUGCCUUGGAGGAAUCCAUGAGAAGUUUCAAAGCUCCAUGGCUACAACUUCACCUUCAGAAUAAGACAACUAAGAAAGAGAUAUGCCACACAGUGGAGCAGAUGUUAUACCAACUUUCCACUGAAAUAAUAACCCAAUCCAAGCUGGAAAAUGAUCAAGGAUUUAUUUCUGAAGUAGACGUGUCUGAAAUACUAGAGUGGGUGGUCCUGGGAAAACUAAAGGAAGUAUCUUCCAAAUUGAGGAUGCACAUGAUGACUACGCACUUGAGAAUAGCUGUGAUUGGAAAUGAUUCCCUGAGUAAUUCAUUGAUCAGUAGUCUGCGUAUAUUGCCUGUUGAGAAGAAUAGAGGUUUUCUUGACUUCACGAUCCCCUUGGUACCAGAGUUUCAAAACCUACCAGAUAUCGAGACAUACACGGAAUCAGUACCAACUUACCUGAAGAAGACAAAUUGGGACCGUUUUGAUGUUGUUAUCAUUAUUUGUAAUACCAGCCUUAAAUCUAUUCAUACCAGCCUAGCAGUGGAGCUCCACAAUAUGGGGAAGAAGGUCUACUUCAUUUCAAUGAACACAAAAUCCAUCAUAGGCCAACAUUUCAAUGCAAGAAAUACAAAUCUAUCUGCAUGGAACCUGGAAAGGUGGACAGGUAGAAGUAAUCCCCAAGUAUUCCUGAUCCCUUUCAUGAAUGAUGUAUCUAACUCUAAAGUUUUUUCUAAUGUCCUUAUGACAUGUAAAACACAGAGGUGGGUCGAAGCUCAAACUUUGAUGGAUUACUUGUCUAAUAUCUGUGUAGAUGUCAUUAAGAGGAAGAAGACUGCCUUGCAAGGGAUAAUUGGAGUGGAAUCUUUGAUGGUGGCCCUACAGGUCUCUGCUAGUUCUGGGGUUUUAGCCCAGCUCAGGACCUGUCUGAGUCAUUAUCGAAGGUUCUUUAGGGUGGAUGAUCUUUCCCUCACUAAUCUGGCUCAGAUGUUUGGUUGGAAAAUGAUGGAAUUACAGGCCAUCACCAAGUCCUGGAAUUUGGAGGCAAUUAUAAAAGACAAUAAAAAGUUAGCUAUUAUCAUAGGCACGAAGGUUAAGGUAGUAAAGCUUCUUCACCAACACAGUUACCAAGAAUUAAAUAGUCAAGCUCAUGACAUACAUAACUAUUUUCUUGAAAUGGUGGCCAAUGAUGCAAUUAUGAUUUUUCAGAAACUGUGGCUGGGGAUGUCUAAAAAAGUCAGUUGAUCUUGUAGGUCUCUGAAAUUAUGACCAAUCAGCUGCAAUUUUACUUCCAUCCAAAAUGCUUCCUCUGUUUAUCUUCCAAGUAUUGCAACCAAAGAGCUUCUUGAACUUCCAUAUCAUUGUCAUAGAAGACUGAAAUAAUUAGUAAUUUUUGUACAGAAGGCAAACCAACCACUUGUUUUCAAGGGCUGUCAACACUUACUUCUGUUCAAAGUUGGUCUUCGAAUCCCACAAGGAAUUUUCGUGAGAGUGCAGGACCUCUAAGCCAUACCAUUACCACCUAUAUCUCUUAUAACCAGCUACCACUCUGGGAUCAAUCAGUGUCAGAGACAGGUUGAGCCAACUAAGUUAUUGAAAUAAUAAUUUCCCUAAAGUAAUAAAUAUAAAAUAGACCCAUAAAAAUCAUCAAGGUUUCAGUACAUUACUGACAAGCCUCCAUAGGAAAAGACAGAAAAAGAAAUUUCAUUAAAAAUAGCUACAAAAUGUAAAGAAGUAUCCAGAAGUUCACCUACCAAAACAUACUUGGGAUACAUGUGAAUACUACAAAACACUCUUAUAGAAAUAAAGGAAUUGAAAGAAGAAAAUUAUUCAUAAUUGGACUGUAUUAAAAUGAUAAAAAUGAUAGUAUGUAAAUGAAUUUACAGAUUGUAUUGAUAAUGUAUUUUUGCUUAAUGUGAAGAUCUUCCGCAUCCAUCAAUAGACCCAUGAGACCUGCUCAAGUCACAUGUGGUGAGAGGAGCUUGCUGAACAAGUAAAACAAGAAAGGGUGGAGCACAAAGGAAGUUAGUAGAACUGAGAGGAAGUAAGGUUAGAGCUGAGGGAGAGAGAGGAGGCAAGUUAGCUGUGCUAUGAGUGUUUGUGGGAAGGUAGGGGGAGGCUUUGGGAUAGAGUUGCUCUCUGUAGUGAUAAUGUGUACUACCUUCUUUGUUGCUAUGGUGGAUUUGGUUUACUGGUUGGGAUUUGGC